UAUAGUGUAUGCCUGAGGUGCCAUAUAUUACCCCAUUAGGACUAGCCCCUGUCACACCUGAGGCAUCCUCAACUCGCCCGAACCAGCAGUGAUAUCAUUUAAGCUUAGCAACCCCCUCACUUUCCUAGCUUUUGAUCGACUAAACAUGGCCGAAUACUGGAAAUCAGCGCCUCGACACUGGUGCAAGCAAUGCAAGAUAUUCAUCCGCGACACCCCCUUCGAGAAAGCCCAACACGAAGCCACCGGCAAACACCAGGGUAACCUGAAGCGGUUCCUACGCGACAUCCACCGUGACAAUGAGCGCCAGCAGCGGGAAACCCAGAAAGCGAAGAGCGAAGUCGAGCGACUAAAAUCGGCCAUUUCUGGCUCGCCCGCCGACGGUGCCAGCAAUGCCGCGGCUCCCUGGAAACGAACCGCUGUCGCUGCGCCUGCGCCCGUCGAGAAACAGGUGUCCGUAGAGGAGCGGAAACGGCAGAUGGCGCAGCUGGCGGAGAUGGGGGUGGCGAUUCCGCAGGAAUAUCGCGGGGACAUGUCCCUAGCCGGAGAAUGGCAGACAGUGUCGGAGACGGUGAUUGACGGCCCGUCGAAGCCGUCGCUGGGCGUGCGCAAGCGGAAACACGAGGAGCCAGACGAGGAAGAGGAGGAGGCUAGAAAGGAGGCGGAGAGGUUUGUGAGCAAGCCUUGGGGGUCGAGGACGAGACAGUACCCUGGAGCUCAGGACGACACGGAUCUGGAUGCGCUGCUUGCUUCUACGAAGGAUAUGAAGAAGAGCAAGCCGUCGGCUUCGGAUGCGCCUGCCGACGGGGAGGAUAAACAGGUCUCUGAGGCGCCAGAGAAAACCGAAGGCGAAGCGGCGAAUCCGGAGACGGAUCAGCCAUCGCAUACGAAGGAGGAACCGCCCCAGACCCCUCCUGUUACUGAAGUGAAGAAAGAGCCCGAAGAGGCAGCUGGAGGGGUGGUCUUCAAGAAGCGCAAGCCGAAAGUGAUGAAAAAAUAACGAAAUUGACGAUGCUGAUGAUAUAUCUACUUGGCACGACACCUUGAGAAGUACUCUGGUUAGACUGUAGCAUGCUCAGCAUACGGCAUGCUGCUUCCUUACAACCACUCGAUCGAAUCCGACUUCGACAGAAGGGAAAGUAGGAAGCAGCGCAUUACAGUCAGGUUGAUUCUACGAAUGGAUGAGGUCUUGGCCAUUCUCUAGAGACAUGUCAUCUCUACCAUAGAGGCUGGCUUCCGAAUCACUGGUCUGAGGAAGUUUACAUCUCUUGGAGCCCUCUUGAUCCAUGAAUAGGGGCUAUAGAGUCUGAUCCUGUUAAAUAAGUGAAAAUCGGCAUGACAUGACGAUGAAUCUCAGGGAUAUCGGUUUCUAUUAGCGAUUGAAAUUUUAAUUUUU